UUACUCGCGCAUGCGUGCCAUUGACAGUGUCCCUUAAAUGCAAGUGGGCCUUUAAAAUUGAUUAAAUGAAUCGAAUGUGCAAAUGAUUUUGUGACUGUGAAGCCGAUAAGCAAACUGAACUAGAAGUGUUCUCUGGCUUCUGUUUGUUGUCAUGUUUGCCGUAUAGUCCAAACAUGAAAGUACAUUUAAUAUAAUAGAUCAAAUCGACUGCUAGUGUAGAUACUAAUGUAAACUCUUCCUAAGAUAUCGAAGACUGGUAACCGGUGAUGUCAUACAGCUGGUCUGUAUGCCUUGUUCAAUGCCUGGUGCAGUGAACGCCUUCGCCGUCUGACUGACAGCCGUAGUUAAAACUGUCUAACGAUAAAUAGGAAACUACCAACAAGCCUCAGUUACACGCCUGAUUACAAAUUAGGUUURCAGUGCUUUCAAUAAGGAUCCAUUGCGAGGAUAAAAGGUGGGUGCAGKGUGUGUGACRCCGCCCUCGGAUAAUUUUGGAAUCUAUAUUUCAUUUGUMUUSUGUGKCAUUUUCUGUGRUGCACACCGGUUUCCUUCCAGGCUUAAACACCCUACACCCCCUCUGUGGGGAAAAGGUUGGAUCCGCGACUUGGUGGUUGCUAUUCGGCUAUUCUCGCAGUCUAAACGCGAAGCAAAUGGCAAGUUUGACUUUUUCCUACAAUAAACGAUGGAAUAUAACUUUUAGAAUUACUCUUUCAACUUUGCGUAGAUCAUGCUAAAUCAAUUAGGAAUACCUUGCCAUUUUCUCCGCAUAAACAGRCACUUUCAKUAAGUGUAAUCAAUGCGGCUUAUGAGACGUUGCGCGUGUUGUCAAAACKACGGCCCAUGUGGUCUCAACUAUGAUACCCAAUAAAUAAAUUCUUUGUGUGAUUGAGUGUGUUCAUAUUGCAUUGCGUAUAGCAGGUAUUUCUACUUCAGGAGACAGACAAGCCGCCCCAAAACAAUAGUUAACACCUGCCCCUUACAAAAAACAAAAAAACAAAAACAAAAAAACAAUAAAAAAACCCAGAAAAAAACAAACAAAAAAGAAGCACCACAACUUGAUGAAACAAGGGAAGRCUAUGAGAGAGACUUAUGGUUUUAAAGAUCUAAAUAGAUUGACGUGAAGAUAUAUAUAUAUUUUUUGGAUGCUCAGUGCGGUGUCUCAAUCCCCAUUUCCCAAAAAAGAAUGUAGAGUCUAUUAAUUGAAGGAUUGCGUUUCUGGCACUAAAGUAUGUCUAUCAGCUACUCUUUAAUAGCUCCCUUCCCCUUCCACUGGUUUCUUAGCUUGUGUAGUUCUCUCUCACAAGUUGACAGUUUACACGUGGCCAUAUAUGAAGGGUUCGACUCCCUCCACUUACCGGAUUAAUUUAGUGUCGCGUGUUCGUGUAACCACCCACCCUUGUUAAACAAUAAUUCUUCAAGGGUCGUGACCCAAUAACGUAAUGCCCAAACUCCAUAUUGUCAACUGCCUUGACUGCACGAAUUCCUGGACGUGAAUCAGCAAGAUGGUUGUGUUUCUAAUACGCUGAUCUACAGCUGUCUUUCACAUAGCAUUCAAUAUGCCUUGGUCGUUGUUUAAGCGGCCUAGUUACGAAGCUGUCAACGUGAAAUAUGGUUCGUAUGCUCCAAAGGGUCCGCCAUCUUUCAAAACUCUGCUGCAAAGCUCUGCCAUGGGUCAAGCUGGAAGCGUCAGUUUUCAAGAAAAAGAGUUGGAUGUGUUCCGGGGAAGCGAUCAGUCAAUUUUAAAUUGUGAAGUAAGCCCUAAUGGCAAACAUCUUGCGACGUGUUCAAAGGAUUCGAACAUAUAUGUAUGGAGACUACCGACAGAUACAGAACCAGGUGAAUUACUGCAAACGCUCGAAGGACACAAAGAAGAAGUGACAUCUUGUUCUUUCAGUGGCUCAAUUCUGGCGUCCGCUUCUCAGAGUGGGGGAGUUAUUUUAUGGCAUUACCAAACUGGGAAAAGAGCUUCACGAAUUGACCUCCACAGAGGCCCGGUCUACGACUGCUUAUUCGCCCACGAUGGACAAUCKUUCGCCACAUCAUCAAAUGACACCACAGUCCGUCGGUUUAAAAUCAAAACUGGCGCUGGUGAAUUUGUUCCUGGUCUGGAUACCAAGACGCUUAACGGACACCGCAGUGCUGUCUGUGCACURGCUUUCACACCAGACGAUACAUGCAUUAUUUCAGGCUCUGAGGAUGGAAAGAUUAAGAAAUGGUCCCGUAAGGAGGGGCAAUGUCUUGAGACUCAAGAUAGUCAAUAUGGACCAGUUAGGGCCAUCAAAUUUCCAACAAGAUGCUCCCAUCCCGACGACAUCUUUGCUACACUAGCGGGCAGUAGUAUUGUUAUCUGGAAUCUUAGAGAAACGAUGGAGAUUCGACUUGUAUUGAGUAAUGGCGAUUCUAGCAGCAGACAGGGGAGAAAUAUGCAGGCAAUUUGCUUCGUUCCUGACAGCUCGUACUUGGUUGGCGUGAGUUCUGAUAACUACCUUACUGUGUGGGAUCCCUURGGUCAUAAUCCUUCUAAACCCAUCUCUGUCAAGCAACUCAACCAUCAAGGGUAUGUCCAGUGCUGUUGUUUUGAUCCUAAUGGCCGAUAUUUCAUCACAGCGGACUCUGCUGGAUAUACUAAGAUAUGGUAUUAGAUCACGUGAUUUCUAGAUCACGUGAUAUACUUAUGAUUGAGACAAUUGUGCCCGAUAAAAUAUGUUGAGGAGUUACUAAAUUUUUAAGGGUGACCGAGAAUUUUUGCAUCCUAACGAUGGAUUUUUCUUUAGCUCUGUUAAUAAUGAGGUAUUGAUCAAAAUUACUAAUAUGUCGACUCAGUGAUGUGAAGUUUUUUGCUUCAAACUUUGAAGGAAUUUUUUUUUUGCUGCCAAAUUUAGUGAAAAAAUUCGACAUGAAGAUAAAUUUUUCCGGACGUUUCGAACGAUAAUGUUAUCUUUUGUGAUUUCAAGUUGAAAUUACCAUUAAAAGUUAAGCCCAAGUGCAUACAAUUACGGCGAGUCUUAAUCCGAACUUUUUCAUUUAAUAUUAUUCAAUUGGUUAGAUCAAAAAGAGCAAACAAUAGGCAAGAAAACCUCGUUACAACUUCACGGUACUAACGAGAACGAGAUGGGAACUAUUAGCUUGUAACUAUCUAACGGAUAAUUUUAUUUCGCCCUACUUACCAAUCCACCAUUUUUGCCCCUGAACAUACGUUGUAAAAUAACAACGAUACUCAAAUAGUAAAUAUAUUAAUAAUAAUAAUAAUAAUAAUAUGUUCUGCGAA